UGACUUUUUUUUUUGACUCAUCGAGAGCAAUCGAAUAGUUUAUUUUAUUCCGACACUCGUGCUAGUCUUUGAAAGCAUCUCGGUCGACACCGAAAUGCUCCAGGUUCCGACGCAGUCUGCAGCGGAUGCGAGGAGGAGCUGUUGUCAUCUGGCCCGGCUGUAGUGUGACGAUCCUUUGUCCAGGGAGAUGGCGGGGAUUAAAGCUCUCAUCACGCUGUCCUUUGGAGGGGCCAUCGGUCUCAUGUUCCUUAUGCUGGGAUGUGCCCUCCCUGUGUAUGACAAAUACUGGCCACUGUUCCUCCUCUUCUUCUACAUCCUCUCGCCCCUCCCAUACUGCAUCUCGCGGCGGGUCGUGGACGACACCGACUCAGCCAGCAACGCCUGUAAAGAGCUGGCCAUAUUCCUCACGACGGGCAUCAUCAUCUCAGCUUUUGGCCUGCCCAUCGUCUUUGCGCGAGCUGAAGUUAUCGCUUGGGGGGCGUGUGCGCUCGUCUCGACGGGCAAUAUCGUCAUUUUUGCAACCAUCCUGGGCUUCUUUCUCGUCUUCGGAUCUAACGACGACUUUAGCUGGCAGCAGUGGUAAACCAGCAGAGUGAGGGGGGUCUGAACCAUUUUUAUUAUUGUUAAUAUUAUUAUUAUUAUCAUUCUUAUUAUUAUUAGCAUCAUUAUUGAUGGUCUGAUUAUUUGGUCCUUGUUGUUAUUAUUAUUUAUACUAGCGUCUCUCCGAAGCCGUGCAAUAGCUUUUGUUUUAUCUCGGCCUGCUUCACAUUGAACUGACAUAAAGUGAGGUUUUUUUUUUCUUCUCAUUUUGGGGAAUUUUGGGCUGAUAUCUUCUUUUACUUCUGUUUUGAUAUAUGAGUGUAUGGAGCCAAACUGCCAUCGCUGACAGCUUGCGAUGCUGUGAAAACUAUGGAAAGAACAUUACCCCAAUGUCUCAGAAGGCCUCAGUGACAAUGUCAAUUCAUUUUUGUGUCAUUCCGAGUGCAUUUACUCCAGUCCACUUGGUGGCAUGCCGUAAUUUUCCUCUUAGCUGGUUUGCCAACUGCUGGCACAUACUCAAUAGUCUAGAUAACAUGAAGAAGCAGGAGUGGGAAUUACAGAAUAUCUUGCAAAAUGAUGUAAAUGAUAUAUUUUGCCAUCCAAAACGUACACAGUAAUAUCCAGUAUUGGUUUGAUCAUCUUUUUGCUCAAAAUGUUGCACUCAUUAUCCUCUGACUGGCGUGGCGUUAUUGGAAAGUCUGAGACUUCCUCCAGAGAAGGAGAUGUGCACCAAUCCACAUUCAGACUGCAGAUGAGUAGUGCGUGCGCAAAGCAGUCAAAGGCUAAUUUAACCAUUUCACACUUGAUAGGUGGGCAGAAUGAACUGACUGUAUAACAAGCAAUUAAAAGUCGAUUUGCGUACCGUGUCCCCUUGAAGAUACUAUUGCUAUCUGAUGCUAGUUUAUGAAUACUGUAGCAAUACUGAAAGAUUCAAUUUGCAUUUUUCAAGAUAGUGACAUUUUUUCUUUCUCUCAGCUCUCCUCUCUAGGCUUUUGUAGGCAUCGAAAAUGUGGUGCAAUAUCACAAGAGGUUGUUUUUGUGUUGUUUUGUGCUCAUGAUGAAAACACACAAUAAACAAAACAUUCAUGAUCAGUAAUCUAACUGACAUCCAUCUAAUACUAUGAUGCAUUUUUUUUUCCCGUUAUCACUUCAGUGACGGCAUUGUUUGUACUAAGAAGCACUGGAAUGAAGGCAGCUCUUUGGAAAAACUACUGACAUAAUUUGUGUGAUUUGUUUCAUAAUACUGAUGCUUUUAAGUCAGUCAAAGCUCGCUGAACGAGACGUACCCAAUUGUGAUGAUGUUUAAAAAAAAAAAAAAAAGAGCGCUAUUGUAAGAAAACACUAAGAAUUUCCUGUUAAAGUUGUCCUACAUAGUCUGACGAGUGUGCUGCAUAGCUGUAGCUUGGGCCUCUCUCUAUUUCUGUCAAUAGCAGUUUGCUCCCACACUGACAGUCAUGUCUCAUUCAUUUUAUUUUGUUUAAUAGAACAGCUAAUGUUCAAUGCUAUUCUUCUAUGGCGGUAGGCAGCAUGGCGAGUUUUUGUUUAUAAAUAAAUGCAAUUUUGGGACAUUC